GAAACAUAAAAUUAUCAUACAAUACUGUAAUUAAUAUAAUGCACAUUUUACAAGAACACAAUCAUACUAGCCAACCAGACCUUCAAUUUGGGAAAAUGGCCGUUGAACGAUUUUAGGCCCUGCCCCUAGUUGUGCUUAUGCCCUGGUGGGUGGUGUUGAAGAUUAAAAGAUGCAAGUCAACAGAAAAGGUAUGACAUACCAGGGAGACUGACUGGACUCACAAAAGGGGAAAACAAGAGGAAAGUCAUGUGGGCAUUUUUAGAAUUCAACUUGCUCUUGCUUAUGUGUUUCAUGUGGUUGCAUCCCUCCUUUUCAUAUGCUGAGUCCUCCCCUCUUUCUUCCUCCUUCUGCCAGUUACAUCAACAUUUUCAUUCAAAUGGGAUGCACAAGCCUGGAGAUGUGGUUCUAGGUGGGCUGUUCCUGAUCCACCUCUAUACUGUUUUUCCUGACAUGUCUUUUACAUCAGAACCACAACAGCCCACCUGUCUUGGUUUUGAUCUUAUAGGAUUUAGACGGGCACAGACCAUGGCCUUUGCUAUUGAUGAGAUCAACAGAAACUCCAACCUGCUACCUAAUGUGACUCUGGGAUACAGUCUUUAUGAUAAUUGUGCUAAUCCAGAGAUUGGAUUUCGUGCAGCAUUGUCCUUAGUCAGUGGUCGAGACGAGCAGUUUAUGUUAGAUGACACCUGUGUUGGAACCCCUCCAGUAGUGGGGAUUGUGGGUGAUUCUUCCUCUACACAUUCUAUUGCCAUUUCCAGUGUCAUAGGCUUGUACAGAGUGCCUUUGGUGAGUUAUUUUGCCACAUGUUCCUGUCUGAGUGACCGGCAAAAGUUUCCAUCCUUCUUCAGGACAAUACCAAGUGAUGCUUUCCAGGUGCGUGCUAUGAUUCAGAUUCUAAACCACUUUGGCUGGACUUGGGUUGGCCUGUUGAUCAGUGAUGAUGACUAUGGACUUCACGCUGCCCGAUCCUUCCAAUCUGACCUGGUUCAGUCUGGUAGAGGUUGUCUGGCCUAUAUGGAGGUUUUGCCUUGGGGCAAUGACCAAGAUGAAUUAAGAAGGAUUGUGGAUGUAAUGAAGAAAUCAACAGCUCGUGUGGUCAUUUUGUUUGCACAUGAGCGUCACGUGAAUAAGCUCAUGGAAGAGGUGGCGAGGCAGAAUGUGACAGGCCUGCAGUGGAUUACCAGUGAAUCUUGGACAGCAGCUACUGCGCUCCACACUCCCCACCUCACGCCAUACCUGGCUGGCACACUGGGUAUCUCCAUCCGUCGAGGAGAAAUCCCAGGCCUCAGGGAAUUCCUCUUACAAACACGUCCUGACCUACACAACAACAACAGCUAUGGAAACAGCAUGAUCAACCAGUUUUGGGAAUACACAUUUCAGUGUAGAUUUGCACCACCUCCACCAGGUUGGGUAGAUGCUGGGGGAGCAUUGUGCACUGGACAAGAAGAUGUGGAAAAUGUGGAGAAUGAUUUCUUGGAUGUUUCAGACCUCAGGUCAGAGUACAAUGUGUACAAGGCUGUGUAUGCACUGGCAUAUGCCCUUGAUGACAUGCUGCGUUGUGUGCCAGGCAGAGGGCCUUUCAGAGGACACAGCUGUGGCAGUUUGAAAGAACUGGAGCCAUGGCAGCUGGUGUAUUAUUUGGAUAAGGUCAACUUCACCACAUCAUUUGGUGAUCAAGUGACAUUUGAUGAGAAUGGUGAUGUCUUACCAAUAUAUGAUAUCAUGAACUGGCUGUGGCUCCCAGAUGGAACAACUAAACUUCAGAAUGUGGGUGAGGUUAAGAAGUCAGCCUUCAAAAGUGAAGAACUCACAAUUGAUGCAGACAACAUCUUCUGGAACUUUGAAUCCAAAGAGCCACCCCGGUCAGUGUGCAGUGAGAGCUGUCCUCCAGGUACGCGCAUUGCCAGAAAGAAAGGGGAACCUGUGUGCUGCUUUGACUGCAUCCCUUGUUCUGAGGGAAAGAUCAGCAAUGAGACUGACUCAUUGGAGUGCACCAGUUGUCCAGAGAACUUCUGGCCCAGCCUCCAGCGUGACCACUGUGUUCCCAAGGAAACAGAGUUCCUCUCCUACCAUGAACCUCUGGGUAUCUGCUUGACAGCUGCUGCGUUACUGGGCACCUGUAUGUGUGCUGUUGUCCUGGGCAUCUUCAUCUAUCAUCGGAGAACACCAAUAGUACGCGCCAACAACUCAGAACUGAGUUUUCAGCUAUUGCUGUCACUUAAGUUAUGUUUCCUGUGUUCACUGCUGUUUAUCGGUCGUCCCACUCUGUGGACGUGCCAGCUGAGACAUGCAGCAUUUGGGAUCAGUUUUGUGCUUUGCAUCUCAUGUAUCCUGGUGAAAACCGUGGUGGUUCUGGCUGUGUUCAAGGCCUCCAAACCAGGAGGUGGAGCCAGUCUGAAAUGGUUUGGUGCUAUGCAGCAGAGAGGGACAGUCAUGGUUCUUACUUCUAUUCAGGCAGCAUUUUGCACUGCCUGGAUUGUAUCUGCCUCACCAGUUCCUCACAAAAACACUGAAUACCACAAUGAUAAGAUUGUCUAUGAGUGUGUAGUUGGGUCCACAAUUGGUUUUGCAGUUUUGCUGGGUUAUAUUGGAUCACUGGCUAUCCUCAGUUUUCUGAUUGCAUUUAUAUCAAGGAAUCUCCCAGAUAGUUUCAAUGAGGCCAAACUCAUCACUUUCAGUAUGCUGAUCUUCUGUGCUGUGUGGGUGGCCUUUGUCCCUGCUUAUGUCAGCUCACCAGGAAAAUAUGCAGAUGCAGUGGAGGUAUUUGCCAUCCUGGCCUCCAGUUUUGGCCUCUUGGUAGCACUGUUUGGACCCAAAUGUUACAUAAUCCUGCUGAGACCAGAGAGGAACACGAAGAAAGCCAUCAUGGGUCGAGGUAUUCAAUAAAUAAAAGCUGCACUUAAUUUUGUUGAACAGAAUGAAUCCUUUCACUUGAAACAACACAGGAAUAUAAGCAGUUAAAAGUGGCAGAAAUGUUAACAUGCUGAAAAAGCGGAGCUGAUGCCAAACAAAUGUGCUUCAGCAUGAAAUUUCUGUGUAUAUUCAUCUCUAUAAACACCUGACUGAACACAUGAUUAAAAUACAUUUCACUUUCUUUGAAAAAAGAUCAUCUGUUCUCAUUUGAUAUCAUUAUAUGCAUUUAUUUGUGACCUGUCUU